AUGGCGUCCGUCUCGGAGCCCAAGCCGGAGGUGACCAUCCGCCGCCGCCCGCCGUUCGGCCAGGCCAAGCACGACGUCGGCACCGACCAGUUCGCGUUCAAGAUGGAGACCAUCAACGAGAAGGGCGAGCGCAUCGACAACGAGGCGAACAAGCCCCAGAACAUCCUGGAGGAGAUCGUGUGGUACAAGGACGAGUGGCUCGCAAAGCAGAAGGAGAAGUUCCCGCUCACCCUGGUCCGCACCGCGAUCCAGAACCAGGAACCCGCGCGCGACUUCGUCGGCGCCAUCAAGGACCAGUGGAAGUCCACCGGCCAGCCCGGGCUCAUCGCCGAGGUCAAGAAGGCGUCCCCGUCCAAAGGCGUCAUCCAGCCCAACUUUGACCCGGUGAAGAUUGCGAAGGCGUACGAAGCCGGCGGCGCCGCGUGCCUGUCCGUGCUCACCGACGAGAAGUACUUCCAGGGAUCGUUCGAAAAUCUCACGCUCAUCCGUGAAGCCGGCGUGACGUGCCCGCUCCUGUGCAAGGAGUUCAUCGUCGACGCGUACCAGAUCUACCUCGCUCGCAAGUACGGCGCAGACGCGAUUUUGCUCAUCGCUGCCGUGCUCCCCAACCAGGACCUCAAGUACUUCACCAAGAUCGCCAAGUCGCUCGGGAUGGCGGCGCUCAUCGAGGUGCACACGUACGAGGAGAUGGAGAGGGUGCUUCAGCUGGAGGACAUCGAGCUCCUCGGCAUCAACAACCGCGACCUCGGGACGUUCAAGGUGGACCUCAACGUCACGGUGGACUUACUCGCCGGGCCGCUGGGCGACCAAGUUCGCGAGCGGGGGAUCACGAUGGUGGGAGAGUCCGGGAUCUUCACCAUCGACGACGUGAACGUGCUGCAGGAGGCGGGCGUGGGUUGCCUGCUGGUGGGGGAGAGCCUGGUGAAGCAGGACACGCCGGACGUCGGCAUCAAGAAGCUGUACGGCCGGCCCUUGGACUGA